CUUACGCUUAACGCAUAUGAUAUGUAUUUCACACGACUACUUGGACAACCCAAAUUGUGUCCAUAUCUGACAAUUUGAAACUCUAUUCCCAAUGAUAGAACUAAAAGCAGGUAAUCCAAUUACCCAAAAUUCUACUUCCUCUCUUCAAUUCAGUAAUCAAUUCAGAUCUGACCUCAAUAGAUCGCCUCCAUACUCGAUUCCAAUGGAAGAUAACAUCCCCAACCUUCUUCGCCAACCAACCCCAACACACAGUAAGAGAGCGUCAAGAGUAGAUUCUCUCAACGACUUCCAAGACGACAUACUAAGCCAAAUUCUCUCUUUUCUUCCAAUCAAAGACGCUUUCAGAACUACCAUUCUUUCGAAGAGGUGGGUCUCAUUAUGUCACUCACGUGAUGUUCACCACUUCAACGAUAUCCAAAGUGGCGUGAACGAAAUCGAGGCAUGGAUUCACUUCUGUCAAAUGUUGGACGCAAUCUUACUCUCACCACGAGCCCAACAACAUACACUCAAAUCAUUUCAUCUCAAGUGUCGGUACGAUUUCUGGCAGUUUGACUAUUCCAGUAUCAAUCAAUGGGUCGAAACAGCAAUACGUCGACACGUGGAGGAUCUCUCUCUAUUCUUGUUACCACGUGUGACUUUGACGUCUGCUAUUUUCUGCUGCAAAACACUCGUGGUUUUGAAAUUAACAAACUUACUUGUUGCAACUCUAUUUGAUUGUUCUGUUCAUCUUCCUUUACUUAAAACGCUUCAUCUGAGCGAUGUUCGUUUUGAUGAUAUCGAGGAUUUAAAGAAACUUAUAUCCGGGAGUCCCAUGUUAGAGGAUUUGAAAACUGCAUAUGUCACAUCAAAUAUCGGGGUUGAGGUUACAGCCGGAGGCUACUCUAAAACCUUAUCCAAGUUGAUUAAAGCCAAUAUUCGUUUAUUCGACGUUCCUCUCAGAGCAGUUUCAAAUGUGCAAUUUCUAACAGUAACAGGGAUGGGGAAAAGUCUCCCCAAUCAAGAAAUCAAUUCAUAUUACCAAGGCUGCCCUGUGUUUGAAAACUUAAUUGAACUUCGACUAUUUUGGUUUGAUAAUUGCAUUCAUGAUUGGUAUGAGGUAGUGCAAAUGCUCCAUAAUUGUCCGAAACUUCAAAGUCUUUCAAUUUCAAAGUGGACAGGUUUAUCAACUACCAACGAAAUUGAAGAUUGGAAAUACCCAUAUACGGUUCCUGAGUGUGUUUCAUCCCAUUUAACAACAUGCAAAAUUUUAGACUAUCAUGCCAUAGAAGCUGAUUUUCGAUUUGUAACAUAUAUUUUGCGAAAUGCAAGACAUUUACAGGUUAUGGAAAUCCACUAUAGAAGUACUUGGAAUUCAAUGGAAAGUCCCCAAUUUUUAGAAGAUUUAUUCUCCUAUCCAAGGAUCUCUCCCGCAUGUAACCUGUCAUUUAUAUGAAUUUUCUAGUUCCUAGAUGAUACCUGGUGUUUUUGUUAGUUUCUAUAUACACUGCUACCGGAAUUUUCGGUUUGAACAAUAUAGGUUUGGUCUCUUAAUACAAAUCAACUGCCAGGCAUUUAUGUGGUGCACUUGAUAACUAUGCAAUGUAUGUUUCUCUUAUUAUUUUAUGUAACCAAAUUGCUCAAGUAGAACAAUUUGUGGCUGCUAUGUAUGAUAUUCAUACUUCUUGCAUU